GUGACCCAAACGCACCACUGCCUAGCUGUUGGUUGUCUGCCGCCCCCCUCGUUCGGCCUGAAAGCAAUUCACUCUGAUGACGUCACUCGCAGAGUUGUCAUGGCGUCUUUGGGACCGAAGCUACCGCUGCAAUUUAGCUAAAAUCUGUCGACAACUCGUAAACCGAAAUGGAGAAAAAUGCAAACUUGCAUCGAGACGCUGACGGGAGCUCUUUGUGUGCUACGAUUGCGGGAGAAAUGGGCGAAGCUGCUACUGUCGCUGGAGUGAAAGGAACAGCCGACAAAUGCAAGAAUAGUGAGGCUCCUCUCAGUAGUUUGGUUAACGUUAGUUAUAAUAUCAGCACCACAACCGAUGGUGCUCCCAGUAAUGUCACUUCCAGUACCAGUACCGGGAAGUCUGACGUGCAAGAAGUGGUCGAAGUCCUCCCCGAGCAGCAGCAAGAGGAGGGGGACGAGAAGAAGAAGAAGGACGCGGAGGCGAGCGAAUUGUGGUCGGGGUCCGAUCAGAUCAGUAACGGGAUGGGGCAUGACUCUGUGGUGGCCGCAGAAGACAGCCAGGGUGGUGCCUCAAAGUUGGUAAACAACAAAACCGACGCCUCGUCCUCACCUCCCGCUAAAGAGAGCGCAGAUGUGCAGGCUGAGGUUUCCGCCAGCGGAGAAAGUGAGCCGACAAAACUUGCCAAACCGACUAAUCUGUGUCCGGACAAUGCAAACACAGAAAACGUCAAGUCGGGGCUGCUCGCUGAUAACGCCUUAUCAGAGGGAUUGCCGAGUGGGAGUGACCCCGAUCCCAGCCUCGGUGGAGAGUCUCGAAGCAUAGAUUCACUCGAGUCCUUCUCCAACCUCAACUCCUGCCCCAGCUCCGACCUGAACAGUGAGGGGCUGGAGGACAGAGGACUGGCCUUGGCCCUGCAGAACGAGUACGGGGCUGAUGGCACGAAGAGUUCAUAUGCGAAGGACAGGGCCGCCGGCCAGUCCAUAUACCACAUUAAGUGGAUCAAAUGGAGGGAGGAGAAUACGCCGAUCAUCACCCAGAAUGAGAAUGGCCCCUGUCCAUUACUGGCCAUCAUGAAUGUCCUUCUGCUUGCAUGGAAGGUUAAGAUGCCACCUAUGAUGGAAAUUAUAACUGCUGAGCAACUGAUGGAGUAUCUCGGUGACUACAUCCUGGAAACCAAACCUAAAGAGAUAUCAGAAGCUCAGCGGUUAAACUAUGAGCAGAACAUGAGUGAUGCCAUGGCAGUGUUGCAUAAGCUGCAGACAGGUCUGGACGUGAACGUGAAGUUCACCGGGGUGCGAGUCUUUGAGUACACCCCAGAAUGCAUUGUGUUUGAUCUGCUGGACAUCCCUCUUUACCACGGCUGGCUGGUUGACCCCCAGAUGCAUGAUAUUGUCAAGGCAGUGGGCAACUGCAGCUAUAACCAGCUGGUCGAAAAGAUAAUAUCCUGUAAACAGUCAGACAACAGUGAGCUGGCAGGAGAAGGCAUCGUAGCAGAGCAGUUUUUAAACAGCACAGCCACCCAGCUGACUUACCAUGGACUGUGUGAGCUCACAUCUACGGUACAGGAGGGAGAGCUCUGCGUCUUUUUCAGGAAUAAUCACUUCAGCACCAUGAUCAAAUACAAGGGCCAGCUGUACCUUCUGGUUACAGACCAAGGUUUCCUGACGGAGGAGAAGGUUGUCUGGGAAAGUCUGCACAACGUUGAUGGCGACGGCAAUUUCUGCGAUUCGGAGUUCAGGUUGCGGCCUCCUUCUGAUCCAGAGACUGUAUACCGUGGCCAGCAGGAUCAGAUAGACCAGGAUUAUCUGAUGGCGCUGUCACUGCAGCAGGAGCAGCAAAGCCAGGACUUACAGUGGGAACAACUCCCAGAAGGCAUCAGUGAUCUAGAGCUGGCGAAAAAGCUUCAGGAGGAGGAGGACCGACGAGCCUCCCAGUACUACCAGGAGCAAGAGCAGGAGCAGGCGGCGGCGGCGGCACACGCACAGGAGGGCCAGCAGGAUGCUGCCGAGGGGGCCGAGACGGACAGAGGUGGUCCAGGAGCAGGGGGAGCAGCAGCCAGCGGUGGCGUAGCAGCACCGGCUGGAGCCACACCCAGCCCGGGGAAACAGUCAUCUAGUGGGGAGCGUAAAGCCAAGAAAGAAUCAAAAGAUAAAGACAAAUGUGUUAUUUUGUAACAUAUAGCUGUCUGCGUGAGUGUGCAUGUGAGUGUUUUGUGCAUUUGCUUAUCUGUGAGAAAGGGGACAGAAUUUUUUCUCCAUGGACUGGACACACACAACGCACAGCCCCCACUUGAUGGCAAACAAGGGAAGGAGACGAUUGAGGAGAGAUGUGACUAACAGAGGAUUUGCUGUUCCCAAACCACUGGUGCCUGCUAUCCUCUAUCCUCAGUGGAACCUGGACAUCAGAGGAAGGGGCACAACAACAACUACUACCCCUUCUCUUUCUUAGAGUCCGCCAAACUUUGUUACAAGUUGCACACUAUAUUUGUGAAGGGAGGGAGGGGGGUCAAGUUUAUCUAGGGAUGGUGUAUUUUAUAGCCAACGACAUAAUCCGAAGAAACAAAAUCUCACCCUCUCACAUUCUCUUCUUUUACAAAACUUAAUUCACUUUGGUCAUUUUUUUCAGUAGUGCAGCUUAUAAGCUUUUUUGUAUGCGUCAAUAUUUACAAAACAUAUAUAGCCGUUGAUGCCAAGAUUCACAUUUUAUUUAUCUGAGUAACCUGUAGCUUUGGGAGAGGUUCUAUGUUUUUUUGUUCCUUUUCUCUCAGUCUAAAGGGAAGUCGAUGUAACGCCACUCGUGUCCCCUCUGAUACACUACAUACUAAGGGUUAAUUAGCUGCCAGAUACUGUAGCUAUGUUACAACACUCAUCACAGCUUGCCCUGUUCAGAUUUGCCUUACCAGAGUAUGGCAGUGUUGUAUUCUGCUCUGUCUGAAUGUGUAUGUGCAGUAAAUGUGUGCUACUUUGGUAUAAAUGUGUCAUUUACUGAGCAUCACUGAUGUAACAAGGUUGUUUUUUUGUGUAUGCUGCAUCAGUUAAGCUACACAUUUGGGACAUUUUGUGUCUUUUAUGUUGUGAUUCUGUUUCACAAAAACAAGAUUUGGGACAGGAAAACUGCAGGUUGCUUUGGCACGUUAUGUCUGAAACUGAUGUUUGUGAGACGCGGCUAUCUUUCGGCAGAUUAGGUUUGCGUUCGAUGGCACCUAGUUUAGAGUGAGCGGUAGUUUGAAAGUCUGUUCUGACAGCUUCCUGUAGAGCGUGUGUGUCUGUGUGUGUGGAGACACUGUUAGGAUCGGGGCUUUGAAUUCAGUAAUCCACACACAUUUCUCUGAACAACUGAGGUCCUUUUAUUAACAUAUAAAUUGGACUCCAAAUAUGUGACAUUAGGAUCAGGAUAUACAAUAUAAUAGAGUCAGAUUUAACAGCAGGCCAAUAGUAUCCUAUGAUAUUAGCCAUUUGACAGUUUGUCAAUAUCGGCAUUCAUAAUGGCCAUUAAAUGAAAACUAAUAAAGUAAAGAAAAGAUGGGAGAAACACCCUUCAGCUAUUUUAUGAGUGUUGAUGUUGCAUACUUUGUCCACCAGAGGGCACUUUGCAACUUCCUUGUUGGCAACACAAGUGUUUGGAACCCACUGCCGGCUAAUCCGAGCAGAGUCGACCAUAAACGAGCAAAUAAAAUAAAACUAAAAAAUAACAAAUGUUAUGGAAAUCUGUUUGUUUUGUGGCUAAUUUAUUGUAAAAUCAGAUUUUUAAAUCAAAAAUCGAUAUUUGUAUAUAUCAGGCUCUACAAGAUAAUUUUCAACUUUGAAUUUUUCCCCCAUUGUUCUCCACAGUUCUCCCUUUCCUAGCUCCUUCUUAGUCAGCUUCAGAGAAGACUGAUUUUAUCAGAUAUUUAUGAACAUUCAGGCCCAAAGUUCGCAGACAAAGCUGUCUUUGGAGGUUGUAGGAAAUUCUGUGGUAUCACCUUUAAACUUGUGUGCAUUUUCACUGCAGCGCUGCGCAUGCAGGCACAUGAUGUACAUAUUUAUCUAACCCAUUCUUAUAAUUUAGCUAGCGGUUUGUGCCAUUAUUGUACCAGGAGACUGCCUCCUGACAAACUUUUUCUAUCUACACAUUCCAGUCGGAUGCCUUGACUCAAGCCUUCUGCUAGAGACUGAGGGAGACAGUUGGCGUAGGAGGUCUUUGCAGUGCUUGUAAAGUGGUUUCCAUUAUUUUGUUGAGUGAGAAGAAAAUUCUCUGUCAGGACAGCAGGCUACCUACUGUGUGGGAAACCUUUCUUACGAGCUUUGUGUGAUGGCUGGAGUUUGAGCUCCCCAUUUGUUUCUUUGGCCCUAGCAAGGCUAUGUUUUGUAUAUAUAUACAUAACUACAGUUGAAUAUAUAACGCCUUACAGCAUUUCAGCAUAUUUUAUAGGACAAAAGGAAACAGGCGUAUUACCAGAAUGAGACAAUCCAUACAUUUUUCACGUAAACAUCAGAACUACUCUCAGGCCUUUUUUGAAGGGACAUAUCCUCGGGUGUCUUUUCAGAUGUUAAUGUUUCUAAUGACACGGUUCCUCGGCCUGAAGUCACUAUCUCAGUCGCAACUUUUAAGUAUCCGUUAUAUGUACGCACCACACAACUAUUAGGACACUUUGAAGGACUUGACACUAACACUGUUAUUGACAGUUGAAUUCAUUCAAAUAACAGUAAAGAGCAAUGGACUGGCUGCUCCUGGUGAAAAAUAAAGACCUCGCUGAACAGGGUUAAGGAACAUUGUUACUUCUUUGCAGAUUCUUUUUCAUGCACCUUAAAGUAAUAAAGUAAUCAAAAUUUCUCUUAUAGAAGAUAGAGGGGAAGCUUUCUGAUAUUUUUUUCACCCUGUCUUGGCCCAUCAACAAACAUGCUGAUUAAACAUUCCAGAGGAGAUUUUUUAAAAUGAAACUUUAUUUUAAAGUUGGAUUUGAUUUUGAAGAUUUUUAUGUGGGUCUUUGUUUGAAUACAGCGUGAAGUUACACAAAUGCCACAGAUUUUUACUAUUGUUUCAGAUUUACUACUGUGCAUCAGCUUGCUACUCCUAGUCAUUAUCACCUGAAUUAAGUAUUUUUGUUGUAAUGUGUUUGGUUCACCCUACUUCCUAUGAUGAAUUGAUCAGAAGGAUAUUGUGUGUUUAAUGUCUCAAAGUGGUCUCUUGUAUGCCUUGUAAAAGUGAUGGUGGGGUAAAUGCUGUAAAAUUAGUAUUUUGACAAGGUGAUCGUUGAACAUAUAGUUGUUGUAAUUGGUUUUGCACUGUUACAUUGAUAUGCACUAACAGAAAAAAAACAUACCUCAUUUUCUACGGAACACAAAUUGUGCAAGAGUGCUAUUGUUUUUUUGGGUACCUUUAAAAAAAAAAGUAAAUAAUGGCCAAAAUAAUAAUUCUUAGUAGCAGUUGCUCCUAAGCCAGCUAAAUAAUACGAAUUUGUAAAAGUGUGAAAGGGCUGAUUAAAUGUUUUGGCUUAAAAUGAAAGGAUACAUCUGUUACAAGGAGCCACUCUGUUUCCAGAAAUGGCGGGAUGUUGUGCAAAAUGUAAAAAUAGACAAAACGUACAACUUUGCAGAGAAAUAUGGAAGCUUGUUUCAGCCACUGAAAAAGGAGCCAUUCAUAAUAAUCUCAUAAUGUUGACUUACUUUUUCAGAAGUUUGAGUUUGUAACUCAAACUUGAGAAAAUAACUUGAAAUUUUGACUUGGCUUUAGCUAAAACUGGGGGGUUUUCAGUGGCAGCAACAAGCUUCCAUAGAGAAACCCUGUUUUGAACUGAAAUAGAAAAAAGGCAACAUAUCAAAUAUUAAAACCUGGGUAGUUUUUUUUAGUUUUUUUUACUUUUUCUUACAUAUGCACAUUUUGAAUAUGACGCCAGGAACACAUUUCAAAUAAAUCUAAAGUCGCAUUUUCUUUUCACAAUGCCAUGUUUUCACUUUUUGAGAGAUUUUGACUGUAAGCAUUCAAGUUUAGCAGCCAGACUCUCAAAAACAGAGCCAUGCUGUUGUCACGUCCCUUUCUUCUGUGUGAAACACGUUGGUCCAAAAUCUAUAGAUAUUGUUCAGCAUUAAUGGGACCUUUGCAGAUUAACAAAUUGCUCGUGUCGCUCAUGGGCCUCCGUACAAUCACAGGUGCUGAACGGCCCCUCUCCUUUUUACUCUGGAGGACGUGGUGCCACUGGUUUCCAGAAAGACCCUUCAAACCCACACACAGUUGUCUGCUUCAGCUCAGUCCACUAUAAAAGAGGCCGUGGUGUUUGUGGAUCUUGCUGUACAUGAGGUUUUUAACUUUGUGGAUGCAGCAUCACUGCUUGCAGAACUGUUUCAGAGUCCACGCAGUGAUUCCCACCACGAUUGUGCCUGUUUUUAAGGCAGUGCAGCCCCAGAGCCUGAUGAUCCUCACAGUCAUUCAGUUCAGGUUUUUCCAGCCUUGUCAUUUGUAUUGAGAGAUUUUGUCCAGAUUCUCUGAGUCUUGUAUUGAUGAUAAAAAUGAUGAAAUCACCAAAUUCUGUGCAGUUCUCGAAUAAGAACACUUAGAUGCCUAUGUCCGUUUUUUGUUUUUUUUAAAAUUUGUUUGUUUUUGGGUUUUUUGUGUUGCUUGCUUCAAAUUUAAAAUGAGCAUUAAAAAAAUUGCUUAGUUAUAACAUAUGGCACUUUUGUAGUAUUUAUAAUUAAAUGUAUGGUUUAAAUUAAUUUAAAGUCUUCUUGUGGUUUAAUUAUAUUUUUCACAGCAUCCAGAUGUUUUUGGAAAUCGGGUCGUGGCACCACUUCAAUAGAACUUGCUGCAAUUUGAUAUAUUCGUAGUUAGCGGUACAUCUACACCAGACUCAAGUAUACCAAUACAAAGACUGGAGUUAUCAGCUCGGCGCUGACAGAUGACGACAAAAAAUGCAGGAAAAAAACUGAUAUUCAAUUCCAUCAGCAAAAAAAUGGUGUAGGUUAACCCCUAACUAGUUUUUUCCCAUCAAAUCCAUCAUUUCAUUACUCAAUGUUCUCAAAGAAAGGCAACAGGUCAAAAGUACUUAAAAAUGUGAAAAUGCUUCAUCGGGCUCGAGUGUUUUCAUUAAUGUAGCAGAGGGAAACGUUCAUUGUUGUUGUGUGACAGAUAGAUCCAGAGUGCUGAACAAUCUAAAGGGAGAUCUUUUCUUUAUUGCAAUAUCAAAACUCCCAGAUUUUACCCUGUGAUGCAUGUACAGUGUGGGCUGAAAAAUAAAGAGGAGUAAAAGUUCAUCAUCGAUUAUCCCAAGAAAUUUAUUUUCCACUGUCCGGCCUGUUUUGUUUAUAUUUCGCAUAAAAGCAGCAAACAAAAAGGAAAGCGUUUGUGAAUAUGGGAGGUUACUCAUUUGUGUUGAUUUCAAUGUUCAUGUAUUUACAUAAAUGACCAAAUAAUGUAUGUAGCCUUUCACAUUACAGUCACAUAUUGUAUAUGGUGAUAUAUAUAUAUAAAUAUAUAUAUAACAAAAUGCCUUAUAGACGAGGGACAUUCAACCUGAUUAGAAGUUACCAGGAAAAUAAAAAACUAAGAUAAG